AGCGACACUGAACAGCAGAGCUUUCCCUCAGUGGCCCUUUCCCAGAGCACAGGUUGGACCUUGAAUCAUUGAAAGAGAAUUUAAGGCUUCCUGUCAUGUGAUUAUUUGACUUGUCUGAACACGUGUGACUCACCGAGGAACCCACGGUGAUGGUCGCUGAGCUUAAAUUACACACUGAAACUGUGACUGUACCUGGACAACAGCCCCGGGGCCUCGCUGUGAUGACAUCACACACAGUUUGUCAAAUGGAAUCACUCGGCAUGGUGUUUGCUGUUUUUCCAACAUCUUCUUCCCUGACGUCCUCUUACUGCUGUGGACGACUGCUGCUGAUUCAAGAAGGACGCGGGCUGCACAUUUUACUCCAAAGACGACAGACGACAGGGCUGUGACCUCCUUCUGCCUGACGUCGACAUCACUGAAAGGGUGUGAGUCUACUUCCUGUCCCAUGGCUCUGCAGGAGCUGGGCAUCAGCCUGUCGAUGAUAGGUGUUGCUGGGACCAUCCUGAUCUGCUCCCUGCCCAUGUGGAAGGUGACCGCAUUCAUCGGCACCCAUCUGGUGGUCAUGCAGGUGUUCUGGGAGGGUCUGUGGAUGACCUGUGUCAGCGAGUACACUGGUCAGAUGCAGUGUAAGCUCUAUGACGCCCUGCUGGACCUGUCACCUGACCUCCAGGCAGCCCGCGGCCUCAUCUGCAUCAGCCUGGUCCUGGGAUGUUUGGGCUUCCUCAUCUUCCUGCUGGGCGCCCGCUGCACCAACUGCCUGGGCCACCCGGGGAUCAAGGCUCGGGUGGUGCUGAGCUCCGGUGCCAUCUUCUGCCUGUCGUCGCUGACCACCGUAACUGCUGUUGCCUGGACGGCCAACACCGUCAUCAGUGACUUCCACAACCCGCGUGUCCCUGAGGUCCUGAAGAGAGAGCUCGGAGCAGCCAUUUAUAUCGGCUUUGUCACCUCUGGGCUGGUCUUCUGUGGCGGCGCCAUUCUGUGCACAAGCUGCCCACCACAGAGGGCCAGGUUCCCCAACAGUGGCUACACACGUGCCAGGACCCCCCCACAGGGCAGCUACGCCUUCAAGAACUACGUCUGAAGUGAGGAUCAAGGCCAGACCAAGUCAACACACUGAAGUGUGGGAUGUGGCCUCAAACACAGUAGAUCCAUAUUAAAGCUUCUAAUGGUCGUCCCUUCCUUUUCCAAAUGCAUCAGGAAACGACAGUGGGCUUCACAAACCAGAUAACCAUGUAGUUCAUCUUUGUUUGUGCAGUAAGUGUCUGCUUCAAAAUAUGAAACAAACACACUGUAGAAAGAUGGUGGAUGGCAGCGACAAAAACCAAAAGACAUAUUUUAAAGCAUUCACACACUUUGGUAGCAUUGAAUUUCUGCCAAUAAACCUUCUAAAAUAUUACACACUAGACCUUCAAGUCAAUGUCUUGAAAAACACGUUUUCUGUUUUGGAAAAAGUCUUGAAUUUUUAUUGGGGAAAAGUUCAGGCACCCUAUACCAAUGUAGGGUUUAUUGUGAGGCUACAAAAACCGAAGCAAUUACACACUUAGACAAACAGAGUUAUGGGUACUUUUUUCCAUUUAUGGCAAUAAACCCUAUUAAAUGUCACACACUGGACCUUUAAGUGGUUUUAUACUUGCAUGCAUGCUUUCUUGUUGAGAUUGCACCUGUUUAGUUGAACUUUAAUAAAAGCAUAAAUGGAUGAAUGAAUGUUUUAAGAACAUUUUAAAAUCAUAUAAAAAUCCUAAAAGAGCAUAGUUUUCACACAAACGUGUGCAGACUACGAGCUAAACUUUCCUUCCAGACUUUCACACAAAAUUCCAGACGACCUGCACAAACCUGUAUUGUGACACACAGAAGCUCAUAAUGCGAACAAAGAAGAAUUACAUCUUUUUCUGGUAUGUGAAAACCACUGUUUGGAAAAGGAAGGAGUGAAGAGAGUUAGACACAAUCUGCAGUCUCACCACUAGAUGACAGUAAUUCUUACCCACUAAUCCUUUAACAGAAGAAAGUCUAUUUCACCAUCUUAAACACAUUGUUUUGCUGCUUUGUCUCACAGUUAGACCGUUUUUUCCCAACAAGAAACUGGAGUUUGUGUCACUUUGUAAACAAAUACUUUACUUGCACCAAAGUCAACAGAGAAGUGAGGACAGUUGUUGAUCUGCUGCUGCUGCCAUUUAAGUGCAACUGUCUUAUUUUGAGACCUUAUCUUCCUUAUUUUAGUUUUUUCUAAGAAACAUGAACCUACCAAACAUGCAGCAGAAGACCAACCACUCCUGUGUCCCACGGGUCUACUGUUUAAAAACUAUGAAAACAUUCCAUUAUGUUUAGAUUUGUCUUUGAGGCGAGGACACAGUUGUCAAAACUUUAUUUCUGUCCACAUCAGUGUGAGUGACAGGCUUGAGCAGCAAAGUAGACAAAAAGACAGCUCACAUGACACAGGGGAGGUUAGUCUUCUGCUGCCGUGUUUUGAAUGAUUGUAUUUCAUUCAUCACAUGGUCUGUGUGCAUCUGCAUGUCUGUUCCUGUUGUAAAGAAAACUAGAUUUGUUAACACUGUUGUUGAAUGUGAAUGUGUCUCCACACUAAGUUAAUCAUGUUUUAGUUGUUAUUCUUGUGAAAUUAUAAGCUGUCAACAUUGUAUAAGUGUGUAUGCUACUGAUUUGCAACCUAGUACUCAAAAAUAAA